CACGUGUCGUUUUUUUUUUCCCUUUUUCCCCAUUGCAUAAAACAGAGCAGGUACGAUAUUACACAAAUAAUACAACACUUAUACCAAAUUAGUCGAACAGUAAUUUCAGACAACAUAAACAGGAUUAUAGUGCUAAUAAUAGUGAUUAGGUACCCUUAAUACGUGCUGUCAGCAAGAAACGGUGUCCAGCCAAGAUUCUUUCGAAGAUUCAUCCAUCUUUUUUUUGAUUCCUCGGAAGUCAGCUCUCUGACCGAAGAAACACAAAAAUAAAAACAGCCAGCCAAGCACCAGCCCACCAUUCUCCAUUUUCGCUCCCCCAAAACCGCCAUGCAUGUGUCAAUUUUCCUGAUCUGUAAAUCGUUAUAAUGGGCAUAGAAUAGAAGAAACUGUAAACUCUGUUUUUCUGCAUUCAAUUAAAUUCUUUUAGCACUUCGAGGCCAAUUUGGAAAAGAAAAAAGAAAAAAAAACACGCACUCACACUGUGAUAAAGACAACCAUCUUUUAGGAUUUCCCCAACCCUUCUGGUCAAAUCUCCCUCCACUCCCCCCACCUUUAAAUACUGCCAUUUCCCUGAUUUUUCAUUCCAUCCAUAAUCAGAAGGGAGAAAGAAAAAAAUUUUUGUCCAAAAAGUAUGGAUCGUUCCCUCAGUAAGAACAGGGGUGACCCAAUUUCUGCAGCCGACGAAAAUGGCGUCUCUGAGUCUCGGGAAGCCUUCCACGACAACGAUACUUCCCGAUACAAGAAAUCAGAUGGGGAGGAAGACGAAAUCGUAUCUGUGGAGAAACAAUUUGAGUCCCAAGAGGUGCCGCCAUGGCAGAACCAGCUUACAGUCAGGGCUUUUGUGGUCAGCUUUGCUUUGGGAAUUAUGUUCACCUUCAUUGUUAUGAAGCUGAAUCUCACAACUGGGAUCAUUCCCUCGCUCAAUGUCUCUGCCGGGUUAUUGGGUUUCUUCUUUGUGAAGACAUGGACAAAGUUUCUUGAGAAAUCUGGGCUAUUGAGGCAGCCAUUCACCAGACAAGAAAACACCGUCAUCCAGACAUGCGUCGUUGCCACCUCCGGCAUAGCUUUCAGCGGUAAAUAAUCCUAAGUCUUGCUUUCUUAUGCAUUAUUAUUCCGUUAUCUGUUUUCAUUUUCUGUUAUUAUGUGAUUUGCCCGGAAUAACUGCAAUUAUGGUUGGAUUUGUUGAGCAAAAAAUGGAGGGCUGCAAGAAGAAUUUUUGUAAAUAAGAAACAGAGUCUGAUGUUAAAGUUCAGGUCUUUUUCAUUAAUUUCGCAAGAGUAAUCAUAAUAUCUUCUCGUCCUGGUGGGUGGGUGGGUGGGGUUCGCCAAGACUCUAGAUUUUAAUCCCUAAAAUCAGGCGUGCCAUAAUCAGUGGAAUUUUUAAAGCUAUAUGGACCAUAAGGAUACUUUUGAAGUUUUGAUUUACAGUCUUGAAAUAGAUUAGACUAUUGAUGGUGGGUGGGGCUAAAACUCAUCAAAUCUUGUUCUUGAGAGACUUUCCAUCUGGAGUUCUUGCUUCUUUUCACCUAAAAAUUAAAGUAAAUCAAAGGAAAAUAAAGAAAGAGAGGAGAAUUGUAAGUAGUACUACUAUUUUGAAGCGGCAGAGUUAUCACGUCUAAUUUAAUGUGGAACUAUGGAGAUGUAAAUUCAACCAGUAAAUGUCAAGGAUACAGUUAGAUACACCUGUUGUGUCUUUAUUGCAAUUCUAUUCUGCCAUCACGGAAUAUUGCCUCAAAAGUGUCCUUUUCUUGUUUGAUUUUGACGGAAGUGAAAAAAAACUUUAGUGCUCUCUUCACAAGUGUCUUGUUUUGUAGAUUCACCCAAAAAACUAUGUAGAUUCAUCAGAGGUGUAUAUAUACCUCUAUAAAGUUUAAGGUUGACCAGUCUCUUAAAGAUGUCAACCAAAAAGGAAAGAUGAUUAACAAAGCAAAUUUACCAAUUAAAAAACAGUAGAUAACUUUAAUGAACAUGUAUGCUGAUUCCCUACUCCAUAGAGUUGCUUUUUGCGUGAUGCUUAUCUAAUGUUUUGACUUUAUCAGGAAGGAUGAAUUUUAUAACUAUUGAACACUUUAAAGUGUAAUGAUACCUCCAACUGGGAAAGAUCUCCUAGAAAGAUGCAUCCAAAAACACAUCCUUCUUUGUUGCUUGUGGUCGUAAGUUUGAGAAUUUUUUGCUUAGUUCACAUGCUUUGUAAACUUGCCAUAAAUUUGGGCAGUUUGGAAAGUAUGACUUUCAGGUCUAAUUUGUUCACAAGUUUCAACCUUGCCUGGCCUUAUCCAAUAGUCUUUUUGCAAGUUCAUGGAGUGUUUGGUCAAUAGUUUAUCGCCCUCAAAUGAGGUGUUUGGCCAAUAGAAUGUUUACUCAUGGUGGGCCAGACAGAUUAAUGCAGAUGACUAAAUUUGCGUGGCUUCAUUAACAAAGCCUUGACAUAUCUUUUUUUUUUAAUAAAAAAAAGAUUAAAGAGUAAAGCUUUGACUAUGAUAAUAAUGCAAUUCUCCUAGUUACAUGUCAAUAGUAAAUCAAGAGCUCAACAGUUGACGUUGGAAGUUGAUAAUGAUGGGAAAAUAUGAGAUAUGAAACUUGGUUGGUUUGCUUUGUCUCUUUAUGGAUGUAUAAAAAUUGUCAAGCUACUCAGUCAUACUGCCUCAUAAGUCAUAUCUAUGUAUGGAAAAGUCAAAGGUGUACAAGAAAUGACGAAAUAAAAACAGUUCCAUCAGAUUUUGAGCAAAAGAUCCUCUUCUGAAUGCGUAAGCUGUAGGAUUAUCGUCCACUAGGCAAGUUCUCGAAAGUUGAAUAAUCAGAAAGUGAGGAUUUUACUCAGGAGUGUUAAUAUGCUAUAGUAGAAUUCAAGCCUUGAUAAAUUACGUACCAGGAAAGGAUCUGUAGAAGUUAACUUGUACUUCAGGAAAUUGACAGUUCCCUGUGUUGCAUCCCUACUGUGAUGAUAAAGGAGUUAUGAUGAUUGUUUCCGUGUUUAAAUUGUGGCUGGACUGCUUUUCUGGAAAUCGGGUUCAUUAUAAAGAUUAACCUAAGAUGUUUUCUAACUGAAACACCUGAACAAUGUAAGGAAACUAAAAAGCUACCAAUUUUUCUGUUCCUGAACUACUUGUUCUUAGCCAUUAUUCACGUCCCAUUUUCCCUAAUUCAGGAGGUUUCGGCAGCUACCUUUU